CGCUGCACUGCAUGCACACGACCUCCCAAUAGCAAAAUGGAUGGGCAUGGCCAAAAACGUAAAUUCCCUUACCACAGCGACGUGCCAAGCUUUGAGGUGAAACAGAGCCGACCAGAAAGCCAUCCGGGGCGAGAGCAGAACGAUCCACGGGUCUUCCAGCAGCCGUCUUACAACUACUACGAUGCUCCCACCUCAAGUACAGACUUCACCAAGUGGACGCCGGAUGAGAUUAAGUCAUUCCUGGAUCGCCGUGGUGGCGACUUCGACGAUUGCAACACCUUUGAGCAGCUGGUGGAGCGCGCGGUGGAGGUGGAGAUCAACACCGGCCCCGCCGUGAAGCCCGGAGCGGAGGAGGCGCAGCAGGAGCUGGAGGAGUGGGAGCGGCAGGACUUUGCACAGGCCUGCGAGGACGCCGCCGCAGAGGCGGCGGCGGCAGCAGCAGCCGCGCAGCGGCGCGGCGCCGCCGCGGCGGCCGCCAGGCCGCACGCUGCUGCGCCAGCAGCUGCUGCUCCCGCGGCCACCGGCAAGGCCGGUGGUGCUGGUGGUGGUGGUGGUGAGGACGAGGAGUAUGACCCUCUGGAGGCCUUUAUGGCGGAGAUCAACAGCGAGGUGGCCGCCAACAAGCCCACCGCCAGCAAGGCCAAGCCGGACGCGGCGCUGGCGUGUGAUGAGGCGGCGGACCCUGCCACAGAGUACAUGGCGGUGCGCACGCCCAAAGCCGCCGCCGCUGCAGCCGCCGGGGGCGGUGGCGGCUAUGACAGCGACGAGGAGGUGUAUGCGGCGGCCAAGGCCAUCGAGGCAGGCGGCGGCGACGACGACGAGGACGACGCGGCGGCGGGGGGGCGGCGCGGCAUUGAGGCGCUGGCCCCUCUGGACCACACCGCACAGGUGUACGCCGAGUUCGCCAAGGACUUUUACGAGGAGGCGCCGGACAUCGCAAAGAUGACCGACCCGGAGGUGGCGGCCUACCGGCGCGAGCUGGAGGUCCGGGUGAGCGGCUUCGACGUGCCCCGGCCCGUGCGCUCCUUCGCGCAGUGCGGCUUCGACGCCGACCUCAUGGCUGCGAUCAAGAAACACGGGUAUGAGAAGCCCACGCCCAUACAGUGCCAGGCGCUGCCGGUGGCGCUGUCGGGGCGGGAUGUGCUGGGCAUCGCCAAGACCGGCAGCGGCAAGACGGCGGCGUUCGUGCUGCCCAUGCUGGUGCACAUCAUGGACCAGCCCGAGCUGGCCAAGGGCGAGGGGCCCAUCGGGCUGCUGGUGGCGCCCACCCGCGAGCUGGCGGAGCAGAUCCACAAGGAGACCCGCAGGUUCAGCAAGCCGUACGGCCUGCGUGUGGCCGCGGCCUUUGGCGGCCUGUCCAAGUACGAGCAGUUCAAGGCGCUCAAGGGCGGCAGCGAGGUGGCGGUGGCCACGCCCGGCCGCAUGAUCGACCUGGUCAAGAUGAAGGCCUGCAGCUGCGCCCGCGUCACCUACCUUGUGUUCGACGAGGCGGACCGCAUGUUCGACAUGGGCUUCGAGCCGCAGGUUCGCUCGCUGCUGGGCCAGGUGCGGCCGGACCGGCAGACGCUGCUGUUCAGCGCCACCAUGCCGCGCAAGGUGGAGGCGCUGGUGGCGGACGCGCUGGCCAGCCCCGUGCGCAUCACCGUGGGGGCCAUGGGGGUGGCCAACGCCGACGUCAUACAGACUGUGGAGCUGGUUCCUGACGACGACGCCAAGGCCGCCUGGCUGCGCGGCGCCAUCAGCGGCCUGGUGGACGAGGGCGAGGUGAUCGUGUUCGCGGGGCAGCGCCAGCGCGUGGAGGGCGUGGCGGAGGCGCUCAAGGCGGCGGGCGUGCGCGUGGGCGCCAUUCACGGAGAGAUGGACCAGUACACGCGUAUGGGGGUCCUGGACCAUUUCAAGAACGGCACCACACACGUGCUGGUCGCAACUGACAUCGCGGCACGUGGCCUGGACAUACGCACCAUCAAGACGGUUGUGAACUACGACGCCGCUCGCGACCUUGACACCCACAUCCACCGUGUGGGCCGGACCGGCCGCGCCGGGGACAAGGAGGGCCGCGCCAUAUCGCUGCUCACGCCCGGGGACGCGCGCUUCGCGGCGCAGCUGCUGCAGAGCCUGACGGCCGCGGGGCAGGAGGUGCCGCCGGCGCUGGCGGAGCUGGCCAUGCGGGACCCCAAGUUCCGCCAGGGCAACAGCCGGACAAAGGGCGGCCGCGGCGGCGGCGGCGGCAAGGGCCGGCGGCCUCAGGUCGGAGGCUCAGGCUUGGGCUUCGGGGCAGGCGGCGGCGCCGCCUCCGCCGCCACCGGCAGCUUCGCCUCCGGGCCCCGCGCUGCCGGAGCCACCGGCGCCAAGACCUUCGUGCAGCUACCAGGGUUCGCAAAAUCCACAGAAGACUACGAGCACGAACCCUCGGCGGCGGCGGGAGCGCCGGACCCAGCGCCGCCGCCGGCGCUACCGCCGCCGCCGCCGUUGCCGCCCGGCGGCGCCGUCGCCGCGGCGGCGGCCGCUGCCGGCGGCCCCGCGACCGGCAUGACCAGCCGGGCCGAGGUGGUGAAGAGCAUGCACGUUGGGAGGUUCAAAUCAUCAUUCGUGUCCUCGGGUACGACAGGUGGCGACCUGCACGCCGGGCCCACCAUCAUCAUGCCAAAGAGCAGUGCGUCGGCGGCGCCGGCGGCGCCGCCGCCCCUGCCCGUCACCGCUGUGCCGCACUACUUGCAGCAAGGAGGGUUCGGGGCCGGCGGCGGAGGCAGCCGCUUCGGCCCGCCACGCACAUUUGGCGCGGUGGCGGGAGGUGCGGGAGCUGCAGCUGCUGCCAGCUUUGGGGCGGGGUCAGGGCAGGAUGCUGGCGGUGGCGCCGGGGGCUACGGCGGCAGUGGGGGCUCAUCGUCAUCGUCGUACGGGGGUGGCGGUGGUAGCGGGGCCUCCUAUCGGAAUAUGCCGCCGCCGCCGUCGCUCAAUGCCGUGCCGCCGCCACGGAGCUUUGGUGGCGGGGGCGGAGGAGGCGGGGGAAGUCGGUUCGGGGCGCCGCCGGCAGCCGCAGCGGCGCCAGCCAUGAAUGCGGCCGCGGCGGCGGCGGCGAUUGCGGCGGCGCAGGCCAUCGCGGCGCGGCUGGCGGCACAGGCUCAGGGCGGAGCGCCGCCGCAAUGAGUUUGGAGGUCGGGGUAUAGGGGAUGCGCUGUUUGUGAUGUCGUGAUGUCGAGCGGGAGUUGCGGGACGGGAGGUGUGCCCGACGGCUGUAGUAGGACAUGGGAGCGCGGCGCGAUGGCCCGGGGCCGUGCGCUGCUCCCCUGCUCAGCGCUGCGACAAGGCUCUAAAAGGUGGAAGACCGACCCCGUGACCCUGACAGUCGUCAGUCGGUGCUGAUGCGACUGUCAACAAUGCCAUAGUGGUUCUCACAUCAGCAAUCUC